UCACCGGCUCAUGUGUUAACACCAGAGCAACAAACCUUAUCAAUGCACCGCAGGAGGCCAAGGCGCUCACGGAGAUAACAAAUCAGAAACUGAAAAGAAAUGGAGUAACUCAGCAUUGAAAUUCACCUUCACAGACGGGUUGGAAUCGCACGCGCCAACAAGAGAAAUGCAGGUCAGUGUAAACACGUGGGAAGCAGGUCAGGAGUCAGGUAACUUCUCAGGUGACCUAUGGAGGUGCGGCAAAUUAGUUAACAGGUGAGUAAUGAAGUGGUCAAGAACAAUGAAGAUAUCACUAUAAAAUAGCCUAUACUGAACACAAACAGACUCGCUUCAUCUUUGGAAAUGUAUCUUACUCUUGAUUGAAGUAGGGCGAUUAAGUUGUCACUAAAGUCAAGAUAGACAUUUACUAAUUAUACUAAUUACUGUAUACUAUAGUAUAUACUAUAUUAGUACUAGUACUAGUACAAGUACUAAUAUAGUAUACUGUAGUAUAGUAGUAAUGGCAUUGUUGCCAUUUCCCUAUUUUUCUCAGCUUUACUGUACAUGUCAUGAGAUCUCUUGCAUGCACUAAGUAGGUUUCAGCCUUUUUAACUGUGCAGCACCCGGGCAGACUCUGCUGCCAUCAUGUGGCCAACACCACCACUCACUGCUCUUUCAAACACCACAAGGCGUCUGUUGCUGGUGUCCCCGUGGCAACGCUCUCCUGUUACCUGGUGCAGGUGGCUGAACAGCUGAGGCAAACAACAGCGCGCAGGACAGCGGAACAAACAUGAACAGCCUCUUCUCCAGGGAUCUCCAGGUGAAAACCAUUGAGCAGACUCUGAAAAAUGCUGAGAAGUACAUGGGUGAGAUCUGCUUCCUGCUGGCGUCCUACACCAGGAAGACAGCCAAGCUCAGAGACAAGGCAGACCUGCUGGUGGUGCAGCUGUUUGACCUCUCCAGCAAGGAGGACCCCGAGCUCCAGCUGGGCCUGAAGAACCUGGCGGAGGACCUGGCCAUGGUUCAGGACUACAGGCAGGCUCAGGUCGAGAGACUGGAGACGAGAGUCGUUGCUCCAUUGAAGGCUUAUGGAGACAUAGUGAAGACUAAAAGGGCCGAUCUAAAGAUAUUAAGCACUGACCUGAACCGAGAGUUGAAGGAGCUGCAGAAACUGGAGAGACUCAGACUGAGAAACCCGGCAGAUCGACAAAGCAUCUCUCAGGCAGAGGUAAAUGUCCAGAAGUCCUCCAACAACGCCCAGCGCAGCAUCAGGCAGCUGGAGGACAGCAUCACAGACUUCCAGAGACAGAAGCUGGACGACAUCAAAGCCAUUUUCUCAGACUUCAUCACAGUGGAGAUGCUCUUCCAUGCUAAGGCGCUUGAGGUCUACACGCACACUUACCACAACCUGGAGGCGAUGAACAUUCAGAAGGAUCUGGAGCUGUUCUGUAGCCGGAUCAGGACGUCUGACUCUGGGCUGGACGCAGCUCUGAGCAGACACUCGUCUCCUCUCGUCAACCGCUAUCCCAGUCCUGUUCUUGCGUCCCCUAAAAGCCAAAGCCUCAGGUCGACGCUGGUCUCCACCGCAGGGCACAAUCACAGGCUUCAGCUCAGCCAGUACCCAGUCACAACCACCAGACCACAUAGCGUCUUACAGCGCCAGAGAGGGAUGGAGAAGGAGGAAGAAGAGGAAGAGGAGGAAGAGGAAGAGAUGUAUGAGUCAGAGAGAGAGGAGAGCCAGCAAAAUGGCAGACAGUCUUAUGCUGCUCAAUAUGUCCAGAUGCGCAGAUGGCAAAAGUAGCAGCCAGAGUAGAAACACAACCAUAAGCUCUACUGCUGCAUGUUAUAGUGCUGUGACUUCAACAAUUAACAUAUAGUUGGUGUAUCUUGUGUAGUAUCUUCAUUGCAACAUUAACAUUAUACUGGGCUGUAUAAACACAAUGCACACAUAGAAAAUUAAGUUUAAUAUAGUGAUAACUUAUCUGCCCUGCACAAGUUUUAUCUUAUUAUAUUUUAUACUCUAUUGAUUUUAGCCAGUAACAUAACAGUUAAGAGGUACGACUAGAUAAGACUAACUUCUUCCUAUUACAUUCAAGCACGUUCUUUGAGCAUGUACUAUGUAAACAUUUUCUUGUAUAUGUGUGAAAUUAUGUGUGUUGGUAUAUCAAAUGUUUUUACAUGUUUGAAAGAAUAAAUAAAAAAAUAGAACAGUUCAAUACAAUACACAUCCCCUGAAGCUG